AUGUGCCAAACACCACUCCACGACUUUCUGGCUGAGUUGCCAAAAUGCGAACACCAUCUUCACCUGGAAGGAUGCUUGUCACCGUCUUUGACUUUCAAGCUCGCUACAAAGAACAACAUCAAGCUGCCAAGCAAAGAGGAGAAACCGGAGUACGAGUCCGUUGAGACACUUGAGAAGCGCUAUGAGCAUUUCGACAAUCUCCAGGACUUCCUUGACUGCUAUUACCUUGCCUUGGACGCGGUUAUCACCAAGGACGACUUCGAGAUGCUUGGCUGGGAGUACUUUACUACCGCCCAUGCAGAUGGUGUCAAGCAUGCAGAAGUUUUCUUUGACCCACAGAGCCACACGGACCGGGGCAUCGCUUUUGAGACAGUCGUAACUGGAUUCAACGCAGCAUGUGAGCGCGCAGAAAAAGAGCUAGGUAUCACCAGUCGCUUGAUCAUGUGCUUUCUCCGUCACCUCCCCGCCAGCAGCGCCGCGAAGACGAUGCAGAGCGCUGUCGACGGUGGGUAUUUCAAGAAGCAGGAGGGCAAGGAGCGCGUGAUCGCUGGCUUGGGCCUUGAUUCUAGUGAGGUGGGGUACCGUCCUGAGCUUUUCAAGGAGCAGUACGCGCAAGGCAAAGAACUGGGGCUGCACAGGACUGCUCACGGAGGCGAGGAGGGCGACCCAACAUACAUCAGCGGUGCUUUGGAUUCCUUGCACUGCGAGCGCAUUGACCACGGUAUCAAGCUUGUCCAGGACCCUGAGCUAUUGGCACGCAUUGUGAAGGACCAAAUUCUGUUGACCGUGUGCCCAUUGAGCAAUGUCUGCCUACAGGCCGUCAAGGAGGUGGGUGAGGUGCCGAUCAGGAAAUUUUUGGAACAGGGCGUCAAGUUCAGCAUCAACAGCGAUGACCCCGCCUACUUUGGCGGGUACAUCCUCAAGAACUACUGCGCUGUACAGAAGGCUUUUGAGCUGACGAAGGAAGAAUGGAAGGUCAUUGUCCAGAACUCGAUCCACGGCAGCUGGAUCGGGCAGCAGCGAAAGGAUGAGCUGCUCGCCAUGCUUGAUGAGUGCUUGAAGAAGUACGCGUAG